AUAUGUUGUUAUAUAUCCAUUAAACCAAAAAAGAACCAUUAUGAAGUUAAAAAAGUUAGAUUCCUUCACAAUCUUAAUUUGAGGAACACAAAAUCCCAACUGACCCACUUUUGCUUUCAAGUAAACCCUCCAUAAAGUGGCAAAAGAAUCUUUUAAUUCUUCUAAUGAAAGUAUUAUGAAAAGAAGCAGCCUGAAACCAGAAACCAAAUGUGAAAUAAACAUUUUAGUUGGCCAUUACAGGGAAAAGCUUAAACGUUAAAACCCAGGCAAAUGAGAAUUUCAUAACCGUCUUAACAGUAUGUAAACACAUGAGAAUUAGCCUGGAGCCGAGGGAGGGUGCGCCUGGAUUUAUCUUUUACUACUUCAAAAACAAGAAACUGCCCAAGUAGGAUAACCACGCUUGCCAAGUUAAGGAAACAGCUCCCUAAACCACCUUUCUGUCGGGCUUUCUGUGUGUAACUGCACUGAUUCAUGUGGCCGGUGAAAAACAAGUUCGUGCUUGUUUUCCAUCAAACGUCAGCGCCUUUACGCGAGUCCUGCCCAAACAUAUGUCACGGAGGUUCAGAAAUCAAGGUGUAGAACUAGACGGAGACUCCAAACCGCCCAGGGCGGACUUUGGUAGCCUGUGCCCCUUCCCUGCCUCUCCCACCCCGAGCCCUGCAGCCCCGCCGCCCGUCCCCCGUUCCGAGGUGGUCAGGGUCCCGCCCAGAACUUCCCGAAUCGCCUGCGGAGCCGCUUCGGCGCCUGCCACCCUCUCCGGGCCCUCCGAGAGGACCAGCCCAGGCGACUGUGGCAGCUUCCGAUUGGCCGCCGCCCCGAGCUCCGCUUUGGGUCACCGUUCCCCGCCCCCGGCGGACCGCACUUCCGGUCGCUGCGCGGCGCCCGGGACUGGUGGUGGCGACCGUCCUUGCCCGGGAGAGCAGAGGAUGGGUGUGGCUUCCUCUGGCCAGGCUCUACCCUGUCCCUGAACCCGCCUACCCGGUUGCCCGAGAGGGCAGCUGGAUCUCGUUGAACGGAGUCCGACUGCGUGGACUAUAAAUAAACAAGCAAAUCAGGCUCUCUGUUCAUGCAUUAUUUCCCGGGUGAAUUCUAAACUGGGAUGGUAUGGGAGACAGAAAAUGGCAGGUUUAGAGAGGGGAGACUGAAGAAGACGGUCGGAUUUUGUUUUUAUUGCAGUUGUCGGAAGGAGACGGGGCGUGGAAUGUGAA